GUCGGCGUACCAUUGUAGCGUCCGGCAUGUUUUGCGCCUGUUGCCUCGGGAACGGCGGUUGGGGGUCGGUUAUCGUGGCGCCCGUUAAUCGGGCGGCCUGUUAUCAUGUGCGCUGGCAAGCUAUCCGACAUGAAACUCCUUCCACCUGGAUGGGUGACUCCUUUUCCUACAGAAUUUUUGACGUUCUUGCAAUUCAAUUCAUGCGCAAAUAGCGAUGGCGUCUGACUCACCGGACUAUAAGAGACUUUUCCGAGAGGAGCGCCAGAGACGGGAGGAGGCAGAACGACGAGAGAAGAGCGAAACCCGGCUACGAGAAGAGGCGGAGCGACGAGAGCAGAGCGAAACCCGGCUACGAGAAGAGGCGGAGCGACGAGAGCAGAGCGAAACCCGGCUACGAGAAGAGGCAGAGCGGCGACGGGAGGAGGCGGAAAGUGUUUCUAGAAAGACAACUUUACCUGAGUAUCUCGAUGCUUGUCAUCGCUAUCUCUGCCUUGGCCUCACGAUCCAGAACGCGGACAGCUCAACUCAAGGCAGUCCGGCAAAUGCAAAGGACAAGGUUCGGCCGCACAAAAUUGUUGCAUGGACAAAGUAUGCUGAAGUGAUGGGCUCCGUCUGGGAACAUUUAAGGCAGAAUCCCGACUUUUUCGAACAGCGUUGGUUUUCCAGUCUAAGCCAUCUCCAGGGCUCUGGGCAGGCCAUCCGUCGAAAGCAAAUAAGCUCCGAAGUGGACCUCUCCUACUAUGCUACUAACACGGUGGAGAACCAGGUCGAGGAGGUGGUGAACCUAGUCUACGCUCACCCGACCCUGCGAGAGCAAUUCCACGUGGAGGGAACCGUGUCAUUUGAGAGUCACGGGAACAUGCUCAGCGGGGAGGCACCACUCGAAGACGAUUUCGAACAGAUGACACUCACCGGCGCAAAGGAGCGGCCACGUCGAUCCAAUCGCCUGGCCCAGCGCCAUCCCCCUCGGAUCGAGGCACCUCUGGUGACGGUGGAGCGCACACGUCCUCCCCCAACCCAUGCCGAUCGGAUCUGUGUCUAUAGGAAGGUCCGACCAGGUCUGGAUAAUCAUCAGGUUGACCCUCUAUUCCCGAUUGAAUAUAAACCUCCCCAUAAAGUACCUCUCGGCCUUAUCAUGGAGGGGCUUGGCGAUAUGGACGUGGAUCAGGUCUUGCGCAUCGAACCAGACGAGAGCCUACACGAGAAGCGGCGAUAUGUCGUUGCAGCGAUCAUCACACAAGCAUAUUCCUACAUGAUCAAGACGGGUUUGGCAUACGGGUACGUGUACACUGGCGAGGCAAUCAUCUUCCUUCAUGUGCCCGAGCACAACUACAGCACUGUACAGUACUUUCUUUCGGUACCCCAGGAGGAUGUGGGCAAAUCGACGGGCUGGUCGGCCAACGACACCCACCGCGAGAAUAAACUGCAUCUGACGUCCGUGGGGCAAGUGCUCGCCUUUACGUUACAAGCCUUGGCCACGCCGGUUCGCGGAUCUGCAUGGCGCCGAAAUGCACAAACAACACUGCCACGGUGGACGGCGGUUUUGGAGGAAUUGUUGGAGGAAGCAGAAACAACCUCGCCCCUGGCCAAGGGCUCACCGUCGAGUGACUACCAACCAUCGCCACGGCAACCAGGAGAGGAACAAUACAUGCGGAUGUCCCCCGUGAUGACUCGUGCGCGGAGAGCCCUUUUACCUGGCCGGGCAUGCCAUCCGUUUCCCGAGCACCCGACGCGGGUGGAUGACGGCAGUGACGACGACGACGAUACCUUGGAUACUGAGACGCCCACUCGGCCGGCCGUCCAGCGGACAUCUCGAACGCGAUCUACCGCCCACCAGGAACCACCAGCGGGUGCUCCCUCGAGUGAGUCUCCAUCCGGUGCAGUCCAAGACCGCCCGUAUUGUACGCAGGCCUGUCUCCGCGGCCUGCAGCAGGGUCGUCCGCUGGAUGAGCAUUGCCCCAACGUGCGGUACCACCAGCAGGGCCACCACAACGGCAACCGGCACCGGAUCAGUCGGCGGACGUUUUUGCGCCUCUUGCAUCACGAGCUGGUCGGGACCACUCCACUCUUGAAGGAGUUGGGCAUCCACGGAGCGAGCGGGUGCUUGGUCAAGGUGGUCCUUGGAUCCCACGGGUACACCAUGGUGGCUAAAGGCACCACGGCUCCUUUCUUUGGACGACUGAAGCACGAAGCAGCCAUCUAUCGACACCUCGACGCUCUUCAAGGGGAGCAUAUUCCAGUGUGCCUCGGUGCGGUGGACAUGCGCACGGCGCCUCUCCCAUACUGGGGCUGGGACCUUGCCGACGUGGUCCAUCUCCUGGUGCUCAGUUUUGCCGGCCAACCGAUGCAUCGCUGUGCGGAGGUCGGGCGCACGCAGCUUCAGGCGCAGGCGCAGGCGGCUUUGCGGGCCAUUCGUGCGCGGAAUGUCGAGCACAAAGAUGUGGCCGCUCGAAACAUCGUCUACAAUGCAGAAACCCAGCAAGUUCAGAUCCUUGAUUUCGAACGUGCGGUGAUUGGAGGUCACUCAGUCAAAGAAGAGCAGCACCUCAAGCGAAGGCGGUUCAUUCUCGGCGCCAUCUCGCCAAAUCUGAAACGGAAGAAGGGGUCGGGUCCUGGCCAGAAAUCCCGAUCGGCCAAGAGAUCAUUUGAGACACCGCGGCAUUGAAAGAGGCGUUUGCGUGAUUAGAUACCCUGUCUGCAGAGUUGUCUACGAUGAUAUGUGCGCUGUAUCGGAGUCUUUGGGAUUGUGCU